GCGGUGGUAGGUUUCUGACAGGCAGCCGCGCGCACACACGCAUCUCUUGCACACGCACAUGCACACGCGGACACGCGCACGUCGUGUGCUGCUGCCAGACUCGGUUCAUCGUGCGCAGUCAUCGGCAGCAGAUAUCGCGCUAUUUACAUACUUUAAGGGCGUUGUCAAGCAGCAGCUGCAGCCAGAAGAUCUCUACGCCUAGGCGUACGCGCAUCGGGUCAUUAACGAGCUAGCAACAUCGGACAGCGCGAUUCAGGUUGUCAAUUUGCUUUGAGAAAGCUCAACCUAUAACUGGUUAUAUUACCCGAGAAGGCUUACGCGUGCUUUCGACCCCCCACCGGCAAUCUAUAAAUUAAUAUUGUGAUAAUAUUAUAACGCGACAUACCCGCGACGAGCAAUUUAAGGAACUGAACAUUUAUCGGGAAGCCUAUAUCGACCCUUCCUCGUGUGAAUGUGGAACGAAUCGUUCGCGCGGUGAGUGAGAAUCGCACGCGCUAUUCAAGCCGUAGGUGUAAACUUCUGCCGACGCAUAGAGACGGCGAACGCUAGCGCUCCGUUCACAGACGAGCUUCACAAGGUUGCACCGCGUACCGUCACGCUGCGAGGACGCCAGUGCUAGCUAGAAUCACGCGCACACGCACCUGAGAGACAAUGAAGAUUCUUAUUGCGACCUUUCUUCUCGGUUUCUUUACACCACUCGUCAUCGCCAGCGCGCUGCACCGGAACAUCAAAAAUGCCUUAUUUGCCAGAGUUGUGCGUCAGUCAGAGGACAUAGCUGAAGAGUCCCCGGAUGAGCCUUUACGGCACCGGUUAGAAUGCGUGCAAAUGAUCAAUCUAGGCGGGGAGUAUUAUUUCCAAUCGACAGGAGAUGAUGCGAUAGGAGACUGUGCUAUGUACCUUCAGGGUCAGCCUGAUCAACUCAUCGAAAUUGAAUUUAAGAGUUUUGACGUGAAGUGUGAAGAUGCAGGUCUUGUUAGUGUCGUUGACGGAUGGGAGUUGGAUGGACAGUUUUUCCCAAGCGACGAAGACCGACUAUCAUUUGAUGAGAGAUAUAGGCUAUUCUGUGACAACGGACCAUUAAAGUUCGUCGCGCACCAAAAUGUAGCGAUGAUGCAUUGGAGGAUACCGGUAGCGACUCAGGGUUUUGUUGUAAACAUCCGAUUUUUCUACAACCCAAAACCUUGUAACGUGCUGUUCGGGGGUAAAACUGGCAAGUAUACAUUGACCAACUACGGCCAUCAGAACAACUGUAGCUUCGCUGUAAUAUAUCCAGUCCUUGUUAGGAUCACUGGAAUCAUGAUCGGAGUGGAUAAACAAAUUGGGGUUGCUAGUCAGCUGCAACUGGAAAGCCGGGUAAUGACACAGUGUGAAAAACGGGGUUAUCACGAUUUCCUCGAGAUAAAGAGUGGAGGCAUGGAGUCGUUAGAUACCAGCUACAUGCCGUCCUUCUGGAAAAUAUGCGGGGCUGAAUUGAACCCAGAUGAGCUCGAUUUUCCAUUGCCCUGCGGCACCUCGGCAUUGCGGCUCGUCUCCAGGGGCAGGUACUUCAACUCCGUAGAAUUCCAAUUUGACGAGUUACCGCAGCAGUUGAUGGACGCUUACGGACCUAGGAUGUGCUUCUCAUGAAAUCUCUCACGCACACAAACAUCAGCCAAGUGAGAAUAGAUUGAGUGCGGGAGAUUUGGGCGAGCUGCAGCCAUCGAUUAAAAGACCACGACCGCCUUGCCUCACCUCCAAUACUCCGCACCACUUGAUUGGACGGUGACUGGGUUUUAGAUGGCGCUGAGUAGCUUCAUAUAUUAAAACUGUCUAUUAAAUAUAUGAUUUGUCAUAUUUGUCUCAGUGCGUUUUUGAAGAGCAAUGUCUAAUAUACGCGCGUAAUGUGAACCGCAAUAUGGUGGUUGCUUUCAGAUCAAUGCUUCAGAAAACGACAACAGUGGGUCCAAAUUGUAGCUUCCAAUGUUAUUUUAGAACCAAACGUUUAUUUAUAAAGAAUCAAGAUUAUGAAAGUAUAGCACGAGAGUUGCAUGCUUUUUCAGUUAGACCAUCGUGGCAUUCUCCUUGUAUAACAUAGAAUAUUGCAAUAUACAGUGGAAAAAUAAAAUGUGACGUGCAUAUACUGUUUGUACAAACAGUGUAUAAAUGCGUACGCACACAAAUCGUGCAUGCAUUCGUUUAAUUUCCGCUUCUUCCUAAAAACAACCAUUUACGCCGUUAAAUAACGUACUGCAGUAUGGCUCCGACCUAUCGCAUAUUACAUUUUGCAUUCCAUAAAACAUUCUAAAAACUUUCGCGUAGAUGACAACAUUUUAGUCAGAUUUCGAAUGUUUUUACCGUCCGAAAUUCGAACCAUUGUCUUUUUGCGUAGGUGUAGGAAAAUAGAUUAUUCACAAUUUUGUGGGGCAUGAAUGCAUGCUGCAUGUUCGCGCGCCAUGGGACAUAGUACAAUGUGUAUUGUUUAACUACCGCUCAUAAUACACUGUCUGACGCUGUUGUGUUGUAUACAAUACAAUGUUUUAUUAUUAUUAUUAUUUAUUAUUAUGAUUAUCCUUAUCCUUAUUCUUAUUAUUAAUAUUAAUAUUAUUUAUAGUAAUAGUGAACAUUAUGAUAUCUAUCUAUACUAUCUGCAUACACUGUGUUAACACGGGGUUACGGAUAUAGUUUGGCGUCAAAUUUCCAAAGCAUGUUCCUCCACUUCUUCAUAACGAAACGUUUAUGCUUUUAGACUUGUUAGUUAUUGCUCUAGACGCAAAACCUUUAAUUUUGUAUGAAACAAAUAAGCAUCUAUAACAGAAAUACCGCGGUACGGAUACAGCAGCUAUAUAUGUACGUAUAAAAUGUAUAAUUAAGUAAAACGAUCACAUUCCUUCAUUGCA